UCAUAAUUUCCUCGGGUCGGGCCGGGCCGGCCAGGCGCGGGGCACGACAAUGGCCACCACCGGGACCUUGGGCAACUACUACGUGGACUCGUUCCUGCUGGGCGCAGACGCCGCGGAUGAGCUGAGCGCCGGCCGCUACGCACCGGGGGCCCUGGGCCAGCCUCCUCGGCAGGCGGCGGCACUGGCCGAGCACCCUGACUUCAGCCCGUGCAGCUUCCAGUCCAAGGCGGCGGUGUUCGGCGCCUCGUGGAACCCGGUGCACGCGGCGAGCGCCAAUGCCGUGCCCACCGCAGUGUAUCACCACCAUCACCACCACCCCUACGUGCACCCCCAGGCGCCCGUGGCGGCGGCGGCGCCGGACGGCAGGUACAUGCGCUCCUGGCUGGAGCCCACGCCCGGUGCGCUCUCCUUCGCGGGCUUGCCCUCCAGCCGGCCUUAUGGCAUUAAACCUGAACCGCUGUCGGCCAGAAGGGGUGACUGUCACACGCUUGACACUCACACUUUGUCCCUGACUGACUAUGCUUGUGGUUCUCCUCCAGUUGAUAGAGAAAAACAACCCAACGAAGGCGCCUUUUCCGAAAACAAUGCUGAGAAUGAGAGCGGCGGAGACAAGCCCUCCAUCGAUCCCAAUAACCCGGCAGCCAACUGGCUCCACGCGCGCUCCACUCGGAAGAAGCGCUGCCCCUAUACCAAACACCAGACGCUGGAACUGGAGAAAGAGUUUCUGUUCAACAUGUACCUCACCAGGGACCGCAGGUACGAGGUGGCCCGACUGCUCAACCUCACUGAGAGGCAGGUCAAGAUCUGGUUCCAGAACCGGAGGAUGAAAAUGAAGAAAAUCAACAAGGACAGAGCAAAAGACGAGUGAUGCCAUUCAGGUUCAUUCCUAAAAGAGAGCAAGCUAGGGAGAAAAAGAAAGGACUGCCUGUCCCCUUCUCCCUUCUCUCACCACACUGUACCUCCGCCACCCACACAAAGCAGCUCUAAACCCCAGGCCUCAUCUCCCCCCUGGCAAACCCUGCUCAGGCUGGCUCCUAGGUCUGGGGCUUUGAUGGAGGAGGUAUUGUAAGCUUUCCAUUUUCUAUAACUACAAAAAAAAAACAAAAAAAGGGCAUUAGCGCUGAUGGCUGUGUGUGCUAGCUUGUAUAUAUUUUUAAAAAUCUACCUGUUCCUGACUUAAAAGAAAAAAAACUACCUUUUUAUAAUGCACAACUGUUGAUGGCGGGCUGUAUAGUUUUUAGUCUGUGUAGUUAAUUUAAUUUGCUCUUUGUGUGGCAGCGUGAUCUGCUGAGAUACUUGAACACUGUGUUUUAUUGUGGUAAUUAUGUUUUGUGACUCAAACUUCUGUGCUGGGUGACGCACCCGUUGUGAUUGUGAAAGCUAGAAUUCAAUUUGAACUCAGGUUGUUUAUGAGGGGAAAAACAGUUGCAUAGAGUAUAGCUCUGUAGUGGGAUACGUCUUCUGUAUAACUAGGCUGUUAACCUAUGAUUGUAAACUAGCUGUAAGGAUUUCCCAGUGAAAUAAAAUUUUUUAAAGGGAGAGGGGUUCUCCUGGAUGCAUAGGCUUAUGAUUUUUCCACUUUUGAAAUGCAAGCAUUUUAGUCUUUAUGUGCUCUAGAGUCCUUUCUUGCCCAUUGUAUAUAUAAUCUAUAUAUUGAAGAAAAAGCUCAUAAUCAGAGAAGCUUGAAUAUUGUUUUUGCACCAGAGAAACAGUGAGAAAAUUCGGAGCUAUACAUAUGUGCAGAAGGUUACUACCUAUGGUUUAUGCUUAAUUUUAAUUGGGGGAAAUGAACGCUUAUUGUAAUGGAGUCAAUUUUAUUGUUAAUAAAUUGUACACCACGAAACCGCCAUUGGGCUACUGUAGAUUUGUAUUCUUGAAUCUCGGGUUUCCAUCUGGCUGAACAUACACUGUAUAUUUUGCAAUAGUUACCUCAAGGCCUACUGACCAAAUUGUUGUGAUGAGAUAUUUAACUUUUUGCCAAAUAAAAUAUAUUGAUUCUUUUCUA